CCGUUAGAAGGCGUGUCCAGAAGUUUCGAACCUCUCGCACCUCGAGCUAUCCCGAUUCCCGAAUCGGAAUCAAGGCAUCCUUCAGACAUUAUAUUCCCCCAAUUGCUCUUCUUCUGUCAUCGUCUCCAAUCCCACUCCUCAACCAAACCCUUAUUCCGACGCAACCGUUGAUAAAAACCCUAAUUUCUCUGCUCGUCUCGCAUUUCUUGAUCCAUUUUUCAUCGUCUCUGCAAAGAUGUGGAGCCAGCCCUUCCGGAAAGAUGAAGAGUCGGGAUCCCGGCCACUUUAUCCGAUGAUGUUGGAGAGUGCAGAGCUCCGAUGGGCCUUCAUUCGUAAGGUCUAUUCAAUCCUCACUAUGCAGUUGGUUCUUACCGUUGCCGUGGCUGCCGUCGUCGUUGCUUACCAUCCAAUUUCACAAUUCUUUGUCACCACGACGCCUGGCUUGGUGCUUUAUAUUGUUCUGAUUAUCUUGCCUUUUAUAAUCUUGUGUCCUCUUUAUUAUUACCACCAGAGGCAUCCUGUGAAUAUGUUGCUUCUAGGAUUGUUUACUGUGACGCUUGCGUUCGCCGUUGGAUUGACUUGUGCAUUCACAAGCGGGAAGGUUAUACUGGAAUCUGUAAUUCUAACAUCUGUGGUGGUAGUGAGCCUUACUCUCUACACAUUCUGGGCGGCUAGGAGAGGCUAUGAUUUCAGCUUCCUUGGACCUUUCUUAUUUGGGGCAAUCUUAGUUCUUAUGGUUUUUGCUCUAAUACAGAUAUUUUUCCCCUUGGGAAAACUUUCAGUUAUGAUAUAUGGGGCUUUGGCAUCCAUUAUAUUCUGUGGCUACAUCAUUUACGACACAGACAAUUUGAUCAAACGCUUUUCUUAUGACGAGUAUGUUUGGGCUGCAGUAUCGCUAUAUCUGGAUAUCAUCAACCUUUUCCUCUCCCUGCUCACUCUCUUCAGGGCUGCAGACAGUUAGACAUUUUUUGGUGGAAAUUUUACCAAUGUAAUUUUUCUUCUUAAAUGAUAUAAGCACGUAAUCAAGCAUGUAAAUCCAUUUUUAGAUGCAAGUACUAAGUGUUCUAAAUCUGAUAUAAACUAUAGUUUCCACAGUAA